CCCUGUCACAGAAUAAAUAACCACAUGUUGUUAUUUAUUCUGUGACCCUAUCAACCUGAAAAAGGUUUGUUUUUGUUGUUUGUUGUAAGUUUUAAACAUGUUUUAAAUGGAUUUAAUUUAUUUUUACAACGUGGAAGUUGGAACCAUCAUUUUUUAAAUACACCUUAAAUUAAAUUCGAAAUGGAGUUAAGUGAAGAUUAUAUAAAAACAAAUCAAAAUGUUUUAAUAUCUAACAAAGAUGGAGAUUCUCUGGAGAAACAUGUUAAUGUAUCAAUUAAAUCAGAACUGGAAGAAUGCGUGUUUGAAAGUAAUUACACAGAGGAUUUCGUAUCAGACUCGUAUUGUUCGGAUGAUAUUAAAAUAGAAGAACAUGUAUUAGAAUAUGAAAUAGGUGGCCCACUCCCGGAUAUCAAGCAAGAAGUUAAGACAGAAAUCAAAAAAGAACCGGAUCAACAUAAUUUACAAGUAAACGAUGGGUGUGAACCUCGAUUUAAAAAUACGAAUACGAAAGAAUUAGACCCAGACAAAGAUGUAAAAUUACAGAUAGGUACUUCAACUGAGAUAGAUGAUGACAAACAUGGUAGCAGUAUGAAUACAUCAAAAUCGCUGUCCAACAUUGGCAAAAAAAGUUUACAUCAGAACGAGUUUAAAAUGAAAUCAGAAAGAGCAUUGGCAACACACUGUGGAAAAAAACGUUACAAGUGUGAAAUUUGUUCUAAGCCGUUUCCAACGCUAAGUUGCUUGAAGAAGCAUUUAAGAAUACACACUGGAAAAAAGCCGUAUAAGUGUGAAAUUUGUUUUAAGCAAUUUAAUCAAGAGAGUAAUUUGAAAAGACAUUUAAGUGUACACACUGGAGAAAAGCCUUACAAGUGUGAUAUUUGUUCUAAGCAAUUUACUCGACAAGGAAGUUUGAAAGGACAUUUAAGGAUACACACUGGAGAAAAGCCUUACAAGUGUGAUAUUUGUUCUAAACAAUUUAUUCAAGAAACACAUUUUAAAGGACAUUUAAGGAUACACACUGGAGAAAAGCCUUACAAGUGUGAUAUUUGUUUAGAACAGUUUUCUUAUAAGUAUUCUUUGGAUGUACAUAAAACAUGUCACACUGGUGAAAAACCUUACAAGUGUGAAAUUUGUUCUAAGCAAUUUACUCGAGAAGGAAGUUUGAAAGGACAUUUAAGGAUACACACUGGAGAAAAGCCUUACAAGUGUGAUAUUUGUUCUAAGCAAUUUACUCAAGAAGGAAAUUUGAAAGGGCAUUUAAGGAUACACACCGGAGAAAAGCCUUACAAGUGUGAUAUUUGUUCUAAGCAAUUUACUCAAGAAGGAAAUUUGAAAGGGCAUUUAAGGAUACACACCGGAGAAAAGCCUUACACGUGUGAAAUUUGUUCUAAGCAAUUUACUCAAGAAGGAAGAUUGAAAAGACAUUUAAGGAUACACACUGGAGAAAAGCCUUACAAGUGUGAUAUUUGUUCUAAGCAAUUUACUCAAGAAGGAAAUUUGAAAGGGCAUUUAAGGAUACACACCGGAGAAAAGCCUUACAAGUGUGAUAUUUGUUCUAAGCAAUUUAUUCAAAAAACACAUUUUAAAGGACAUUUAAGGAUACACACUGGAGAAAAGCCUUACAAGUGUGAUAUUUGUUUAGAACAGUUUUCUUAUGAGUAUUCUUUGGAUGUACAUAAAACAUGUCACACUGGUGAAAAACCUUACAAGUGUGAAAUUUGUUCUAAGCAAUUUACUCGAGAAGGAAGUUUGAAAGGACAUUUAAGGAUACACACUGGAGAAAAGCCUUACAAGUGUGAUAUUUGUUCUAAGCAAUUUACUCUAGAAGGAAAUUUGAAAGGGCAUUUAAGGAUACACACUGGAGAAAAGCCUUACAAGUGUGAUAUUUGUUCUAAGCAAUUUACUCAAGAAGGAAGUUUGAAAGGACAUUUAAGGAUACACACUGGAGAAAAGCCUUACAAGUGUGAUAUUUGUUUAGAACAGUUUUCUUAUAAGUAUUCUUUGGAUAUACAUAAAACAUGUCACACUGGUGAAAAACCUUACAAGUGUGAAAUUUGUUCUAAGCAGUUUCCAACACCAAGUCACUUGAAGAAGCAUUUAAGAAUACACACUGGAGAAAAGCCGUAUAAGUGUGAAAUUUGUUUUAAGCAAUUUAAUCAAGAGGGAAGUUUCAAAAAGCAUUUGAGAGUGCACACUGGUGAAAAACCUUACAAGUGUGAAAUUGGUUCUAAGCAAUUUACUCAAGAAGGAAGUUUGAAAAACAUUUAAGGAUACACACUGGAGAAAAGCCUUACAAGUGUGAUAUUUGUUUAGAACAGUUUUCUUAUAAGUAUUCUUUGGAUAUACAUAAAACAGGUCACACCUUACAAGUGUGAAAUUUGUUCUAAGCAAUUUAGGCAACAUGGAAAUUUGAAAAGGUAUUUAAGGGUACAUACUGGAGAAAAGCCUUACAAGUGUGAAAAUUGUUCUAAGCAAUUUACUAAAGAUGGAAAUUUGAAAAUGCAUUUAAUGUUACAUACUGGAGAGAAACCUUACAAGUGUGAAAUUUGUUCUAAACAAUUUAGCGACGAGAGAAGUUUAAAAAGGCAUUACAAGAUACACACUGGAGAAAAGCCUUACAGGUGUGAAAUUUGUUCUAAGCAAUUUGGUGAAGUAGGAAAUUUGAAAAAGCAUUUAAUGUUACACACUAGAUAAAACCAAAAUUUGUUUUAAGCAAUUUAGUAAAGCAGGAACUUUUAACUCAUUUGAGAAUACACUAGGGAGAAAAAUCGUAUACGCAAAUCGAAAUAAGCGGUACGCUAUUUGGUGGCGAUUUUACAAAAUAUACCCGCUCUCAGCACAAGCUCCGCCUCCUACGCAUUCGCCAUCCAGAACUGUAAGAAUCCUACCCGCUAUCAACACUUUCUUUCUCCCUUCCUUAUACCCUUUUAGGUGUCGAAUUUGGGUUUAGUUGAAAUCAAUCCCAACUCAAGAAUAUCCGCCACAAAAAAUCAUAGCAUGUGAUCUGUCUUUAAAAAGACAACCAAAUGCAACGGUGGCACUGAAAUUCUCGCGUUAGAGAUUCCAUAGUAAAUCACGAGGGAAAACCAGGAAAAACCUCGUGAUACUAUCCCGACAUCGUAAGUAUUUGGGUUUACUUUUAGUUUACUCUCAAAACUAAUACCAAAUUCUGACUUGAUAUUUUAAAUUUUAAAUAAUACUAAAAUACUAAACAUAUACUAACUCGAUAUGUUACUGAUUGUAAGAGUCUGGGUGUUUCAAUAAAAAAAGUCAACAAC